ACCACAUUGAUUUCCUCUCUUUUAGUAUAAUAUAUAGAUAGAUAGAUUCUUUUGCAGCCGAAUGAUAUUAUAGCAGCUGAAUCUGAGGGAGCUAUGGCAAUAGGAGUUUGCACUGGUGUUUUCGGAAAGGAGGAGCUGGAGCAAGUCAGCAAUGGAGGUGCAUCCUUCGACACAGUUGGUGUCGGUGCUGAAGCCAUAGAGAAGACUGCUGUGCUGCUGGGAAUUCCUCUAAAGGACAGAGCCUUUGUCGGCACCAAGUUCGAGCGCGAAGAGCCUCAAGAAGAAGAGAUCUCUGAACCUGUGAGCAUGUCGACAUCAACAGGAACUGGCCCCUCGACUCGUUCUGGCAAGGCCCCCUCUGCGGAUGCGCUGCUGAAGAAGCGGCUCGAGUCGAUGGGGAAUAUGUCUCGAGCCAAACCCAUCACCAUGUUGUCGCCUCCGAAGCCGCCAAAGACUUCAACGGACACCACGGUGAUAGGGGAGACCAGCUUGCUCAUGCCUGCUGAGAAGAAACUGCCACCUCCGCCUCGGAAGAGGAAGUUUGUAGUGGAGUUCCCCGACGACUAUGGGUCGACAGACGCGCCAAGGGUUCAGCUCUGGCCCGAGGUUGAUUGUCUGUGGAUGCCGUCAAGCCGGGAGCGUCAAGAGACCUUGUCCCCAGUUGCUGCAACUGUUGAGAGCGUCUCGGAUGCCUGGAGGUCCCUGCAAUCUGCUUUAGCCACACGUCAUCAUGUCAUAAUGUUAGAAGAUCAAAUAGUAAAAUUGAAAAACGACAUGAAGAAGGCAAAGCAGGAGGCUGGUCGUCUUGGCGAUGUGGCCAAGGAGGCGACGGCAAGGGCUGAGGCGCUGCAGGUGAGUCAGGAGAAGGGGGCUGCUGAGGUCGCGCAGCUGAAUGCUGAGAAGGAGACGCUGGUUGUCCAAGUUGACGAGCUGAAGACGUCUCUCUCCAAAGUCAAGGCGAGGAUUUACGAGUUUGCUGGUUGCUACACAUGGAAAAUGAAGGCCGAGAUGAUGGAGGAGUUCAAGGCGGGAAAACAUGUGGACUGGACUCCUGACGAGGACAUUUCUCAGUUUAACACUGCAUUCCCCGAGGACUAUAUCCCCCCUGGUGCCGUUAGCGAUGAAGAGGACGUCGAGGAGGGUGCAACUGCAACCAGCCCCGAUGUCGAGACGAUGGCGGCACCAGGCGAUGGAGAACAAGGGGAGAAUGCAGGCCCAGCAGACCAUCAGGAGUAGUUCUGUCCCCCCUCCUUAAAAAAUUAAGUAUUUGAAUGUGGUGUUUGUCAAACAAUGGUUUCUUUUGUUUUUUAAACAAUGUGUUUGUGUGUUCGGCCUUUGGGAAGGUCGAAAAAAUAUUUGUGGCUGUGUUUCGCCUUGAAGGCGGCAGUCUUUUGGAUGUUUUUGGGCUUGUCCAAGGGGACAAGUCAUGUAAAUAUUUGUGUGGGUUUCCAAUCUUUGUGUUUGCUUGUUUGUGUUUGGAAAAAAUGUGUUUUGUUUUUGCAGGUUGGGCACAUACCUCAAGAUCGACUUUGGCGACGCCUCCAGCCUGUCAGAGAAGAAUCUGCAAGAUGUAAACUGUAGAAAAUGUAUAACUGUAUUCCAUUGUAUGUGUAUUGUACAUUGUAGUGUACCAGGCGUUUUUGUAAUGGCCUAAAUUGUGUUUUGUAAUUUGUACAGUUGUUUUUCACGCAUUUUGUAUGGCCCAACUCGUAAGAUGUAAAUUGUAAAUGUAAGCUUCGUAACAUGUAAUGUAUACAAUCAAGUAUGAAUAAAACAAACGUUUAUUUCUCA